GCCCGCCAUGGCGGCGGCGGCGGAGACGCGCGUGUUCCUGGAGGUGCGGAGACGGCUGCAGAGCGCGCUGCUGAUCCUGGGAGAGCCAAAAGAAGGAAGUAUGCCCAUGGAUAUUUCUAUAACUCCAUCCUCUCUCCAGAUGAAAACCGCUGAAGGCUGCACAGAGAUCUGCCUUCCAGCAGAGGUCAGGCUUGUGCCUUCCUCUAGCCGGGGGCUGCAGUACGUGGCUGGAGACGGACUGCACCUGAGGCUGCAGGCGCGGGCGGAUUUCAGCACAAAACUGACUUCGAUGUUUAAUCAAAGCUCACAAGCCCAAGACUGUUGCACAUUUUAUUGUCAAUCCUGCGGUGAAGUCUUAAUAAGGGACAGGAAGCUCCUCAGGGUGCUCCCGUUGCCGGCCGAGAACUGGGGAGCUCUAGUUGGAGAAUGGUGUUGUCAUCCAGACCCCUUCGCUAAUAAGCCACUUCAUCCGCGAGAGAAUGACUGUUUUAUUGGAGACUCGUUCUUCUUGGUGAAUUUAAGAAGUGAUAUGUGGCAGCCAGGACCUCGAGUAGCUCCAGUGGAGACACACUGUCUUUCUUCCGAGAACCAUUUUAAAUUGAAACCAAAGGCAAAUACCAAUGUAAUUUGUAAGCGUUGCAAGGUAAUGUUGGGAGAGACCGUGUCAUCAGAAACCAUCAAGUUUUACAUAACAGAGAUGAUUAUUCAGCCAUCUGAGAGAAAAUUUCCCAUCAUACCAAGGUCUCAGUUUGUACAGAGCAUUAUCGCCCAGUGUCUGGUGGAACUCUCCUCUGCUAGAAGCACUUUUAGAUUCAGUAUUCAAGGUCAUGACGGCAAAGCGUAUAUCUUGCUAUGGCUUUUAAACUCAGACAGUUUGGUGAUUGAAUCUUUGGGAAGUUCCAGAAGUGUCAAAAAGUUUCCCUUGUUGGAAGACAUAUCGAAGGCGGAUUCUAGUUCUGCUGGGAAUGCUGUCAAAGUCCUCUACCAGCCAUGCAUCAAAAGCAGGAAUGAAAAGCUGGCCAGCUCCUGGGAAAGUGACAUCAGCGUCCACUCUCUAACCCUGCCCUCUGCGACCUGCUUGGAGCUACUGUUGAUAUUGUCAAGCAAUAACGCCAUGCUGCCUCCGUCGCUUCGCUGUAUGAAUUCCUUCCAGACUGCUACUGUAGCUGGAAAGACCAACUAGUCCAAUGACCUCAUUUUUAUAGCUAAGGAAGCAGACCCCAG